GUCCCGGCCCGCGGCGGCGGAGGCGGCAGCUGGCACCCGGGCGCCCUGCACGGCUGGCUCGCUGCGCCUGUUGCGCCCCUCACCCCCCGCUUCCAUAAGGCUUUCCCUUUCCAACUUCAGCUACAGUGUUAGCUAAGUUUGGAAAGAAGACUCAAAGAAGACCCCUCUGGACCGCUUCUCUUGUUGUUGACUAUACUAGUCUUUGGGGGGGGUCGAUUUUUAUUUUAUUUUAUUUUUGCACAAGGCUGUUGUGUUUUCAGUGGUGCUCUCAUCCGUUCCCGACACUCCUUGUUAACAACAAGCACCUCGACCUGAGCAGCAGCAGCAGCAGCAGCAGCAGCAGCAGCAGCAGCAGCAGCAGCAGCAGCAGCAGCAGCAGCAGAAGAAGAAGAAGCUGGGGAGGUGGGCGCUCGGUGUCAUGCCCGAGACAAGAGAGCAGAACCGCCAGGGAGGAUGCUGCGAAUCCUUCACAAACUACCUGACCUCCGCAAAGUUCCUCCUUUACCUUGGUCAUUCUCUGUCUACUUGGGGAGACCGGAUGUGGCACUUUGCAGUGUCAGUGUUCUUGGUAGAACUCUAUGGAAACAGUCUCCUCUUGACUGCCGUCUAUGGACUGAUAGUUGCAGGAUCUGUUCUGUUCCUAGGGGCCAUCAUUGGCGACUGGGUGGACAAAAAUUCUAGGCUUAAAGUGGCCCAGACUUCGCUGGUGGUACAGAAUGUUUCAGUCAUCCUGUGUGGAAUUAUCCUGAUGAUGGUUUUCUUACAUAAAGAUGAGCUUUUGACCAUGUACCACGGAUGGGUUCUUACGUGCUGCUAUAUUUUGAUCAUCACUAUCGCCAAUAUUGCCAAUCUGGCCAGUACAGCUACUGCCAUCACCAUCCAAAGGGAUUGGAUUGUCGUUGUUGCAGGGGAAAACAGAAGCAAGUUAGCAGAUAUGAAUGCCACAGUACGAAGGAUUGACCAGUUAACCAACAUCUUGGCCCCCAUGGCUGUUGGCCAGAUUAUGACCUUUGGCUCUCCAGUUAUUGGCUGCGGCUUCAUUUCGGGAUGGAAUUUGGGGUCCAUGUGUGUGGAAUACUUUCUGCUCUGGAAGGUUUACCAGAAAACCCCUGCUCUAGCUGUGAAGGCUGCUCUUAAAGCAGAAGAAGCUGAAUUGAAACAACUGAAUGUACACAAAGAAACUGAGCCAAAACCCUUGGAGGGAACUCAUCUCAUGGGUGAGAAAGACCCUGACCUCCGUGAGCUGGAAGAUGGACAAGAGCCAAGCUGCGGCUCCCAGCUAUCUGAGCCCUUCCGCACCUUCCGAGACGGUUGGGUCUCCUACUACAACCAGCCAGUGUUUCUUGCGGGCAUGGGGCUUGCUUUUCUCUACAUGACUGUUCUGGGCUUUGAUUGUAUCACCACAGGGUACGCCUAUACUCAGGGUCUGAGUGGUUCCAUCCUCAGUAUUUUGAUGGGCGCGUCAGCCAUCACUGGAAUCAUGGGCACUGUGGCUUUUACCUGGCUGCGUCGCAAGUGUGGACUGAUUCGCACCGGUCUGAUCUCAGGAUUCGCACAGCUUUCCUGUCUCAUCUUGUGUGUGAUCUCCGUGUUCAUGCCUGGAAGCCCCUUGGACUUGACUGUUUCUCCAUUUGAAGACAUUCGCUCUAGGUUCAUUCAAUCAGAGCCCAUACAUAUGCCUACAGAGACACCUGCAAUUCUCCGUACAACAGAGAUGAAUGUGUCAAGCGGACCUGACCCGACUGAUGAUUUCUCAGCCAUGAGUGUUAAUUCUGAGUCAAUGGUCUCUGUCAGUCUGUUGUUUGCAGGUGUCAUUGCUGCUAGAAUCGGUCUUUGGUCCUUUGAUUUAACUGUGACACAGUUGCUGCAAGAAAAUGUCAUUGAAUCUGAACGAGGCAUCAUAAACGGCGUCCAGAACUCCAUGAAUUACCUUCUCGAUCUCCUACAUUUCAUCAUGGUCAUUUUGGCACCAAAUCCAGAAGCCUUUGGCCUGCUUGUAUUGAUCUCUGUCUCCUUCGUGGCCAUGGGUCACAUCAUGUAUUUCCGAUUUUCUCAAAAAACUCUGGGCAGUCAACUUUUUGCCUGUGGCCCUGAGGAAAAAGAAGUCACGAAUGAAAAUGAAAAUAACUCAUCUGUUGUAUAAAACAUACCUAACUGUUGCUAUCCCUGUGACUCACUUAUAGAGAACACGUGUGCCUCUUUCUACUCCAGAAUUCCAAUAAAUGGCUGGGUGUUUCUCUUUGGGUUUUUUUAUUUAUUAUUAUUUUUUUUACCACAGUUAUACCUUGAGGGCUAAAAGGAGAUCUAAGAGAGCAAAAAGGAGCUGGUUAAUUACCCUCCCAUGUAUGAAUGGAAAAAAUAUGAAAAGAAAAAUUUGUUUUAAAUACAGAGACUAAAAUAGAAAUAUAAUGUUCCUUUUUUUUUCCUCACAGGUAGAUAAAAAUUUCCGUUAAAAUGUGGUGAGUUGUGUGUAUUAAGUUAUUCUUUUGCAGAUAUUUAUUAUCUGUAUUAGAAUUCAAAUUAGCUUUCCCUAAAACUCAUUCUUGUUCAACUAUAACUCUGCUCAGGGCAUCUUAUUCCUAGUUGUAUUAUGAAAAUUCUGCUCUGACUUAGAAGAUUAAAAUUCAAUAAGCAGUGUUAUCCUUAUGGAUCCUAUUUACAGGACUUACUUAGAUGUGGACAAAUGAAAGACAAAACUAGGAUUCUUCAGGAGGGUUUGUGGUAUAACUUUAGAGAGCACCUCCACAUUUUUAUUAUCAGGCAGAUAAUUAAGCCCUCGGUGAAAUGGCUGAGCUCAUAAGCUGUAGGUAGCACAGCUGUAAAGUAGACGUGAAACGCAGCAAAUGUAUUACGAGCUUCAGAUAUGCUACAAGUUUGGCCAUAUAACCUGGAAACGAAAAGUCACACAGGAGGGUAAAAUCCAAGUUGAAUUCACACCCUGUCAUUAAUAAAUCUCUGUGUUGGAAUAAGAGGGGAGUAAGCUUUCCAAUCAGGCAAGUUAAACAAAGAAAGCAAGCGCAUACUUAGUAAGCUUUUGUUUCGUUAACCCUUCUACUUUUGGCAUGCUAGUUCAGGCAGAGAGCACUUUUUACUGUUUUAUACCCAGGAGUUAUUUUUACAUAGAGAGCAAGACUUCAUAAGUGUAUCCCUUUCAAAUGUUGAGAAGAACGAAGUUUAAAAGAAAAAUACUUUUGUAUAUAUUAAUAAAACUGUUUUACAUGUCAUUUUGCCAAGUGCCAGUACCGACUUGGUACUUUGCCUUAACUGCCCUGCACUUUUGACGGAGACUUCGAUAUAUUGCUGAGAGCACUUUGAGGGAGACUGCAGUGUAUUGCUGAGAGCACUUUCUUCAUCCUGGAGGUUAAAUCUUCUUUCUAGAGUAUAAAAUGAUUUACUGUGUUGUAAAAUCUUUGUAAAAAUAUUUCUAUAUAAAGCAUUUUUUAAAUCUUGA